AUGAAGAGAGAGAGGACUUUGACGGCGAAGAAGACGACCUUGAUCAAUAGUCCAUUGGAGAUAACGAAGGACCCGUUUUGUAGCAUUCAAGUGAUCAGUGGUUGGAGCUUGCAUGAAUUGGGACAACUUGUUGACAGCAUAGGAGAUGUCAGGACGGGUGAGGGAAAGAUACUGGAGGCCGCCAAUGAUGCUGCGGUAGUCACAACCGUCCGAGAGUGUCACCAUCUUCGUAAAUUGGGUUCUCGUGACCGAUCAUUUCAUUUAACCCAGCUCACACGAGAUCCUGCCCCAAAUCUCUCUCCCCAGAUCCGAACUCCGACCCCAAAUCUCGUCCCCAGUUCCUCUCCGCCGACCUCAGAUCUCGUCCCCAGUUCCUCAGUUCGGCGCCGACCUCAGAUCUCGUCCCCAGUUCCGAACUCCGACGCCCCAAAUCUCGUCCCCAGAUCCGAACUCCGACGCCCCAAAUCUCGUCCCCAGUUCCAUAGAUCUCCGUCGACCUCAGAUCUCGUCCCCAGUUCCGAACUCCGACGCCCCAAAUCUCGUCCCCAGUUCCUCAGAUCUCCGCCGACCUCAGAUCUCCGCCGACUUCGAGAACCCACAUCGAAUCUGAGACCGACGCCGACUUCAAGAACCGACCACCGACCCCCGCCAUUUGAAGGUGUUCUCAGGUGGUCCAUGGCAAGAAAGAGUUUUUACAUUGUGAAGAGAGGUCGACGAUGUGGAAUUUUUAAUAAUUGGGAGGACUGUAAAAAGCAAGUUGAUAAAUUCCCAAAUGCCGCAUAUAAAGGAUAUGCAACGUACGAAGAGGCUUUGGUUGAAUGGGAUAAGCACAGCAUCGCUUGUGAUUCAGCAUCCAACUCAAGGCAUGUCCAAACUCCUUUUUAUGUCCCGACACCUGAUUCUGCAUCGAGCUCAAGAACUACUAUUUCCCCUAACUAUGCUUUUGCAUUAGGUUCAGUGUUUACAAUAUUAGUGUUUGUAGUAUGUAUCGUUGUCGUAUUUAUUUUUUUCUAUAUUGCAAAAAUUAUGUGAGCUUGAGAACUUAUGUAUCGAGUAACUUAUGUGAUU